UGGCAUAUUGUUGUAUUGUUUUCGGUAUAAUUCAAAGCUUAGGUUGCGGUCACACUGAUAGUGGGUGGAAGGAAUAAUAACAAAAAUUUAUUAAAAUAACAAACAAAACACACGAACAAGGCCAUGAGAAAUGGCAGCCAAACACGAAGACAUACGGGAUAAAAUUGAGAAUGGCAUCUAUAAACUGGCAACCAACGAUAAAAGCACACGCAGUACUGUGUGGCGCGUGUAUCGCAAGAUUGAAAAAGACGACGGCAGUAUAUUGGAACAUGUCCUGUUUUGCAUUGGUUGCAAAAAUAUAAUGUCCUUCACACACAAGUCCACAACCAAUUUGCGACGCCACAAAUGCCACUUGCAAUACCUUAAGAAACAAGCGUAUUGCAAUGGAUAUGCCGAUGCCAAUAAUACAAAGGAAUGGUUCAAGGACGCUGAUGGUGAGAUGACAGUUGGCGAUAUUUUAUUGGAGGCUGAGGCCGAACUAAAAGUGGAUAACGAAGAAAGUUCGGAAGCCCAAUCAAUGUCAGAGGAGAUAGAUAAGAAACCCACUCCGACGGAUGUGGCUGCGUUUAUUGCACUUCGAGGUGCUGCAGCUGCAGCCGAGUCAACUGCUAAUGAUGCCCAACAGUCUAAAAGCAAUGAUGAUUCACUCAAUGCGAGUGCAACUGGCUUUCCAAAUUCUAGCUCUCGCCUCUCAGAUGUCUUUGUUUCCCACGAUGUAAGCGGGGCCGAGGAGUCUGCAAUAUAUGCACAAACAUGGUCACUGGAAUAUCGCAAGCUGACGGAAGAUCAAAAAUUUUAUGCCAAAAGAGCUAUUGAUGAGAUAUUUGUGCUGGGGCGUUUAAGGCGUUUAACGCUGAAUACGGUGCCGUCGGUAACGGAAUGAUAAGCUCCAUACAUAUGAAUAUAUUAAUACUUAUAUAGGAUAAUUAUAUAUUAUACGCGUAUGUAAAUAAUGUACAUAUUUAUUUGAUCAAUUCUCUGGUCGCUGUUAAGCAAGGCAUAAAUAUAGAAUUGUAGUCUUGGAAAGACAAUUACUUCCCACCUGACAAAACUGUUGCAUUCAUUUGUUCAAUUGUUUACGCUCUACAUGAACAUGUAAAACAAAAUCCCAUUUCGAUAAUGGGGUAAGUAACUUGUUCUACCAA